AUGCCCUCUAUACUCUUAUCUGUAUCCACAGUGCCUCUAAGUGGGAACUUUACGAGCAGACCCACAGCAGAAAUAACCAACGGCCUGCAGCAGCAGCAACAGCAGCAGCAGAAACAGCAGCAGCAGCAACAGCAGCAACAGGAGCAGCAGCAGCAGCAGUUAACCCGUUGCUGCAACAACAUUCCUAUAGGAGCAGCAGCAACAGCAGCAGCAGCAGCAGCAGCAGCAGCAGCAGCAGCACAAACAACACCAACAACAGCAGCAGCAGAGGCCCCAUUACUGCUGCGCAAAACAAAAUAUCCCUGUCCGCAGCGGCAGCAUGAGCAGCAGCAGCAGCAACGGCAGCAGCAGCAGCAACAGCAGCAGCAGCAGCAACAGCAGCAGCAGCAGCAACAACAGCAGCAGCAGCAGCAGCAGCAGCAUGAGCAACAAAUGAUGGUAUCCACAACAAGCAGCCCGAACUCCUCCCCUGUGGGGAAGACAGAAAGACGGGGCGGUGAUGCUGCAGGAGCAGCAGGAGGAGGAGCAGCAGCAACAACAGCAGCAGCAGCAGCAGCAGCAGCACAUGAGGACUUGCAUGCAGCGCUGCUGCGGCUGCCGCAGCAUCUGCUGCUGUCCACAGGCAUCAGAGAAGCUGUGCUGCAGCCGGGGGUAGCCCCCGAGUCUCUCGUGCGUCGCCACACCACUGCAUGCGACUGCAGCAGCAGCAGCAGCAGCAGCAGCAGCAACAGCAGCAGCAGCAACUGCUGCGCUUGUAUGGCACUCAAUGGAGCUUUUGCUGCUAGACAGGCGUCACGAGGAGCUGCUGCUGCUGCUAGCAGCUGCAGCAGCCACAAGAGGUCUCCUCACCAUCAAAGCAGCAGCAGCAGCAGCAGCAGCAACAACAACAACAGCAGCAGCAGCAGCAGACGCCUGAGCGGCUCCCCGAAAGGGGCAAAGGGGGGGCGCCAUACAGCAGCAGCAGCAGCAGCAGCAGCAGUGAAGCCCCCUGCAUGCGUCAGUGCUGUGCUGCAGCAGGAGAGUCUGCUGCAGUUGCUGCUGCAGCAGAUGCAGCAAUCGCCAGAAGCAGCAGCAGCAGCAGCAGAAAGAGAAGGAGGAGCUCUUGCUGCUUACUGUGUUUAUUGUGCUGGCCAUCUGCUGAUACCGGGAUUUCUUAGAUUAGACAAAGACAGACUUGUAUUCAGAGAAGUUCCCCCUACAAACGCAGGGGCCCAGGCUGCAGGCCGCGGGGGGCAGAUCCCUGAGGUGUACAUACACCUGAGCGACAUAGUUGAGUGUGCAUGCGUGAUGGCUCCCCCAUUAGAUGAUUUGGUUUCUUCAUCAGCAUUUGCUGCUGCAGCAGCAGAAGCAGCAGCAGCAGCAGCAAGACGCAGCAACACAACAGCAACAUGCAGCUAUCUCGAUGCUGCUGCAGCAGAACCACCUUCUUAUCUACAGCUGCUCCUCAAAACUUUGGGGGCUGAGCUGUCCCCCCCAUCGGAGCAGCAGCAGCAGCAGCAGCAGCAGCAGCAACGACGAGGAAGAAAGAAAGAUAAACGUGCAGCAGCAGCAGCAGCAGCAACAGCAACAGCAGCAGCAACAGCAACAGGGUCUGGCGUUCUUACUCCUCGUGAUAGUAUUAGUGCAGCAGCAAGAGAUGAAGUCCCAACGGAGCAGCAGCAGCAGCAGCAGCAGCAGCAGCAAAAACUUUCUCCGCAGAGGAGAGGAUCUAUCGGGGAUUGGCUGAAGGCAUGGAGACACUCCAGCCCCAACGAGGCCCGCUCACCAGAGCUCAAGCAGCAGCAGCAGCAGCAGCAGCAGCAGCAGCAGCAGCAGCAGCAGGAACAGCUUCUGUCUCCAGUUAAGCCGCAGCAAACAUCAACAUCUCCUGCGGAACAGCGUCACAGCAGCACGAGCAGCAGCAACUUUGCUUCAGCAGCAAACAACCGCCGUUUGUUUGUUCUUUUUGGUUUUCUUAAUCGAGCAGAAGCAAACACAUUCACCAGACAACUUAUACAACUCGUUGAUGCCUGGCAGACAGAAGAUGACGACGCUGAUGAUGAUGAUGAGCAGCAGCAGCAGCAGCAGCAGCAGCAGGAGCAGCAGCAGGAGGAGCAGCAGGGUUUCACCCGUGAAGCCCGCAGCUUGACGAUGGUUCCAUGCUCGUCAAAUGCUGUUAUAAAUGCUUGGGAGGAGGCUCUGGAUCGCUCUGCAAAAAUUUCGAUGCAGCAAUCAUCUUCUCCUUACGGGGGCUGGGGUUUUGACGACGAGGAGUUGGCUCCUCAGCAGCAGCAACAGCAGCAGCAGCAGCAGCAGCAGCAGCAGCAGCAGCAGAUGGAUAUAUGGUUGGACGAAGGAGCAGCAGCAGCAGCAGCAGUUGCUGCACCGCAGCAAGAAGAGAUGCGGGGGCCUCGUUGUCUUUCUUUUGCUGCUGCUGAUGCUGCUGCUGCUCCUACUCUCGAUAAACCCCCGGGAGCAGCAGAAUUUGUUACUCCACAUAUUGCUGCUCAGGUGGUUGCUGUGGUUUGGGGUCCUGCUGCUGCUGCUGCUGCUGCUGCUGCUGCUGCUGCUGCUGCUGCUGCUGUUUAG